GUGAGUCACCCCUGCACAUACCCCACAGUACAUAGAACUUGUAUGAGCUCUUGGUCUUUGGUUUGAGAUAAAAUAAUCACGGUUUUUACAAAUUCCUCUCCUCGCAAACUCCAGAAACUUCUUCGGAUUUCAACUAGGCAAAUCCACUAGGUUACAACUUAUAUCCAACACUGAUUAUUCUCUUUGCUCCUCUAGAAACUUGCGAUAUUUACUCACUGGAAUCCAUUGCGAUCAUGGCGGGAACUAAUGGAGUCGACUUUAGCCAUCUGAAAAGCAAGGCUGGAUACUUGGGAGAUACAGGCCUACACAUAAUUGAUCUUCUAGUGUCUUCACUGGAACUAUUACACACGACAAGGCCGAUAAAAACGGCUAGUCAUUUUGUUAAGGCCCUAGUCAAAUACUCGUCUCCAGAGGCAUCGGGACUACAGGCAGAAGAUUUUGUAUGGCAAUUUUGGGAAAGCCUCAUCGAUAUUGCAAGCCAAGUUCCACCUCGUACUUUAGUGCAAGACGUCCUUAUUAAGAUUGUGAUCUUGCUAGAGAAAAUUGGGAAACAGAAAAAGGCUGAUACUCAAAUGUGGAAAAAUCUACCUGGCAUAGGUAUCGCAAUGAGAGACAACUGGAAUCGUAUUCCAACGCUAAAGCCUAACCUCAACGAGGAUUUAAUGUUCACGGAAUCUGAGUGGCUGAACCUCAAUUCUUUCAUUGCUAGACUCCAUUGCGAGCAAAAGGGAUGGGGAAAAUACCUGAUCUGGGAACUUCGAAAUGGACUGGAGACCCCAUUGACCCCUAUCCAAGACAUACCAACCGCAGAGACCAGAAUUCGAGUUGCGAUCGAGUGGAUAUUUGAGAGUUCUCGUUUUAUCCUCAAUCACUCACUGCUCCAUACCUUUUCAGAUUAUCCCGAAGGUCCGAACACAGGUCGUCCAUACCGUGGUGGGCCAUUAUAUUCUGGUGUGAGUGGCUACAGUCUUGAGCGAUGGUGUUUCUGGAAGCGUCGACUCGCGGAAAUAAAAACCGAGGUUAACGAGGACCUACAUUCGGCGAUUGAUAAGGCAAUAAAAACUAUGACACGGGCCGAGAAGAAGCUGGGAAGACAGCUUGAAUCUUCAGCUGAUCUAACCGACUCAGAAAUCGAGUCAGAAAUCGAAUCGGAACCCGAGACUAGUUCCGUAUCUAGUAGUGACAACCCCGAAAGUGAAGAUCACGUAAAGAUUGACAACACUAUAGGCAAGGGUGAUCUAUCCAACGAUGCUAUUUUGGAGAAGGGUCACGGGGAGGAGAAUGAUCAUGCGAAUUGUGAUGAUCCCUCUGAAUAAGAGGAUCAUCAGAUGUCUCGAUAAUUAAGGGAUAACUAGAACUACGAGGGUAGGAUUGAAGAUUUAGUGUUUUUCGUUAGUAGCUCUAACGAAUUCCUAUGUUGUUUUGCUUGCUCAGAAAGCAGUCUAAAUCGCUAGACACGCCCAAAUACUGGCAAUAUAAGCCACAGCGUUCUUAUUCCUACCCGGUCGACCGGAACUGUUUGAUGUUGGUCGCAGUCCAAAUAAACUACAGUUUCAUCG